UGGAGCCACGUCUCGAUUUGAAAUCUGCCCCUCUCGCCAAUUUCCAUCGAGAGCGUCUCGUCUCGUCUCGUCAGGAUUUGGAAAUUUCGAUUCCUGCUCCACUGAAUUUUCAGGGUUUUGUGAAGAAGCAGAGGGAGAGAAGUUAACUCGGCUUAGUUUUUGUUUGUUGAAUGCUACUGCUGGAAGGAGCCAUGGAGGAAUCUUCGUUGUGUCUUUUGCGCUCGCUAUCUCAGCCUUCUCCGACAUCCAGUGAGGAGAAAAAGGCGAAUCAUCUGCACCGAGCUCUGACAACGUCAGUAUCCUUUGGGAGGUUCAUGUCUGAAUCGUUGGACUGGGUAAAAUGGUCAGCGUUUACUCAGAACAGAUACAUGGAAGAAGUUGAGAGGUAUUCGAGGCCUGGUUCUGUUGCUGAGAAAAAAGCUUAUUUUGAAGCCCAUUUCAAGAGGAGGAGAGCUGCAGCAUUACACGAGCAGCAAAAUGCAGCAUCAAACGAUGCAGCUGGCAAUCUACCCGAAGCAAAUGAAGAAAACAGGGUUGAAGAUUCAUCAGCUUACUCGGCUGUGGACUUAGUGGUAGUUGCUGAAAAUUCGAAUGAAGAGGAGAUUCACAGCAGCUGCCAAGAAGUCCUAGUAAGUCAAAAUGAUGCUUCAGCCGAACGAGCAGUGCAUGACUUCCAGCCUGGAGGGGCUGAAAAAUCCAUUGAAAGUCCAGUAAGAGUGGCAAACCAUCUUGAAAAUGAUAGAUGCUUUGGAGACGAUGAUGCACCAAAUUUAGAGGAUACGGCAUGUCACAAGGAUGAUCUGAUUUUAGGAAACUCAGAACUAUCCAAGGAGAAGGAGCCUGAAGUUUCUUCAAUGGUGUUGAAAAUUGACAGCGUUCCCAAGUGUGUACCUUCGCCUACUGUGAAGUGUAUAAUUCUGCCAGUUCAACUCAAGAACAGCGAGAAGACGCCAGACAGCAAGUAUAUAGCAACAGAUGCAGGCAGCAAAAGGAGAUCGUACACAACCUCCCUUCACAUGUCCAUCAAUUUGGGAUCUUGUUUAGGUGAUACACAGAAACCCACAAUCCAAGGUCGGCCAAAGAACAAUGCCACCAGUCUCAGCACCAGCAGAGCACCUGCCAGGAGAUUCAAAGACAGCAGGCGUACUCAGACAUCAACCACGGAACCUGCGAAUGGUGGUGUAUUCAAGCAUCAUAUAGGAGGAACCUGUCAGCAUCAGCAAGAGAAGAACAGGACCACGACAUCAAUAAUACACGGCAAUUCCUCUUCUUUGUCACGAAGCAGGACAUUAGAUGGGAAAGUGCUGCCCUCAUCCUCAUCUACGACUAAAUGCUCAUCAAAGUCGUCGUCAUCAUCCUCUGCUACAGUCGGGUUGAAAGCGCGACUACCCACUACUGUGGCUUGUCCUUUCACCUUCAAGAGUGAUGAAAGAGCAGCAAAGCGCAAAGAGAAGAUGGAGCAGCAAUCAAAGUCAACUGAGAUAGAGAAACCAAAGCUACAUGCAAAACCACAGGCUAAAGCAAGAGACAGUUUUAAGCAUCAGCUACGUAACUCCUCCACCGCUACAAAAACAACAAAAAAACACAGCAUUUUCGCAAGUGCAGACUUCCCAAGUAAUUUGAUGAAAACAACGAUCCCAGCAGUUAGAUCAACAGCAGUCUGUCUUCCGAAAGUUGAGGAGGAAAGGGCGGCUGCUGCGGCUUCUUCCAAGACUCUGGAUAACAACAUUUCAAGGCCACGUUGGAGGUUGUUUUCCCUGAAGAAGAGCCAACAAGGAUUAUUGUAUAAUGAUGAUGCACAGCAGCAGGAGAAGCUUAGACCAUAUGACAAUGGUGGUGGUACAAAAGCUUUGAAGAGUGAGAAUGCCUCUCCAAAUAUUAUUCAGGUCUGAAUCUGAUUUCAUUAAUUAUAAUUCUUGUGCAUUUCUGCUAUCUGUAUGUGAAUUUUUGGUUGCUGUUUGUUAUGAUGUUAUAAAAGAAAUAGAAAAAUAAAAAUAGGUUGAAGAAGAGGCCAUAUGGAGGUGUAAUUUUCCUCUUCCUUAAUUCUUUCCUGUUCUUAUUGUGUCUGUGUUGUCAGCCAAACUGCUAAACCAGUUAGUUAGUUAGUUAGUUCAACCAGACACUGCUGCUGCUGCUAAUUUUCUAUCUUCUAAUCGUGCAUCGUAACUGAUA